AUGGCGGUGUCCGCAGCUAGAACCGAUAGUUGCGACAUCCCUGGCUUGGUCCGUCCUGAGGAAAUAUUAGCUGAAGCAGGGCGAGACACAGAAAGAGGCGAUGUGUCUGGCGGUGUCCGAAUUUCGGGGGGAUUAGCGAGAGCCCGGCCGGACGCAGAGAGAAGCGACGUGUCCGGCGGUGUCCGAUUUUCGGGGGCAUUAGCGGGAACCGGGACGGGCACGGAGAGUAGCGACGUGCCCGGCGGUGUCCGAUUUUCGGGAACAUUAGCGGGAAACGGGACGGGCACGGAGAGUAGCGACGUGUCCGGCGGUGUCCGAUUUUCGGGAACAUUAGCGGGAACCGGGACGGGCACGGAGAGUAGCGACGUGUCCGGCGGUGUCCGAUUUUCGGGAACAUUAGCGGGAAACGGGACGGGCACGGAGAGUAGCGACGUGCCCGGCGGUGUCCGAUUUUCGGGAACAUUAGCGGGAACCGGGACGGGCACGGAGAGUAGCGACGUGUCCGGCGGUGUCCGAUUUUCGGGAACAUUAGCGGGAAACGGGACGGGCACGGAGAGUAGCGACGUGUCCGGCGGUGUCCGAUUUUCGGGAACAUUAGCGGGAAACGGGACGGGCACGGAGAGUAGCGACGUGUCCGGCGGUGUCCGAUUUUCGGGAACAUUAGCGGGAAACGGGACGGGCACGGAGAGUAGCGACGUGCCCGGCGGUGUCCGAUUUUCGGGAACAUUAGCGGGAACCGGGACGGGCACGGAGAGUAGCGACGUGUCCGGCGGUGUCCGACUUUCGGGGACAUUAGCGGGGGCAUUGCCGGACACGGGGAGAUGCGACGUGUCUUGCGGUGUCCGAUUUGAGGUGAAACCUGAUAAAAAGCGGCCGAAUAAGGAUUGGGAUCGAGGUGCUGCCAGGCCAGCGGGGGCCAACGGCGGGUCUUCGCCCAUCAUCAGAUCCAUCAUCAACAUGAUAACCUGUAGUUGGCACCGAGCGCGAAGAUGGUCCCAACUGGUCCCACUCGGAGAAAGAUAA